UUCUCUAAGAUUAGAAUUUGUUAUUUAAGAAUCAUUAUCGAAGUCUCAUUAUCUAAGAAUUUGCACGAUUUUUUUAAAUUCUAAGUGGAUGAGAUAAUUCUUUGAGAUUGUGCAAUGAUUAUUUUUUGCGGUGCUCGUCUUUUUUUUAAUUAUAGACGAAGAUUAGCGUUACUUAAUAUUGGUGCAAAAUUAAAACAGCGUCGUUCGACUAUUUAUGAGCUGAAUCAUGGUAAACAUUGCUCAUUUAUGAAGCGCUGCCAAAAACGUGCGCAAAUCGGUGACGUAUGGGGAGGUCGAAUAACAAGGAUCUCAUUUCGCGAUUUCGCGCAUUGGCAGUUUUCGAUGUUACUGAGAUGCUCGACAUGAAGGAUGCUCCACGGUUGAUCGAUUAAAAAGUCUCGCUCGUGUCGCGAUAGGGCGAUAAAUCUGUCACUCGGAUCGCGAGCCGCGCGCAAAAUCAAUUGUGAAAUUUCAUUAGUGGCGCCGUGAAUCACGCAGCGUUCGCGCGUUACCAGAAAUCUCUCUGGCCGAUAUUCAUCGUUCGAUAGUAUUAAAGGUAGGAAAUCAAUUUUCGCUUUGUCAUCUUGGCAGAUCCUGAUAAUUCGAAGCCAUCGGUAUUGCGUAAGGAGACUUGUUCAUAUGUGUGAAAAUUGUAACGUUAGAAAGAUUGUUUGCAUUACACCAUAUUUUUUCGAUAUUUUAUAUCCACUCUAAGUCUUUAUCGAUAAAUUUAUGUCUCAGUUGGCUUUGUAUAGUCUAUCUUAAGAUACGAUAUCUGGCGCGGAAUGGUCGCUUUCUUUUAUCAAAUGUCGUGGUUGUGAGACAUUGAUAAUUGGUCAUACACGUGUUCGUCUCAGAUCUCGGCAGUUCAUCGCUCGCGGAGCAACGCUCUUUUAUUCCGACGUUAAUUUGCGCGAGGUCGCGAAAUCUGUCGCGGAAAUUACAGCCGGGACACUCUUCAUCCGCGACUUAUUUGCCAUUCAAUCGCUCCGGUUUGUUACUCGCGAUAAUUCGUACGCGGAUGACAAGUCCGUUCGAUAAUUAAUGACUGUAUCGCGGACGAUGAUCCGUUCUGCGUCGAAAGUUGGCAGUGUUCCGCGCGAGAGUGGCGAGAAAGCUUCUUCAGAGUUUAUCCCCCGUGACCCUGAAGAGCACUUUUCACAGAUAGACUGCGGCUCGAGGCGAUAAACGAGGGGGUGGACACGGAAACAAGACGCGCUCUCUCGUUAUCUGUGAAACAAACGUUUACGCGACUUUUCGGUGGCUCGCGAGUCUCCCGAUGAGUUUCCUCGAGGACGGAGCGCUUGCGUAGUACAUCACACUCGAAAUUAUCCUUUUCCUUUUCUUGCGUCAGAGGCAGGACGCGGAAAUGUGUCAUGACGUGUUUUGUGAUGCGUUCGGCAAAAAUGUGUGAUUCUCGAAGCGACCUGAUUCAGAUAUUUUCACGUAUCUGUUCUAUGCCGCGCGCUUUUUUAUGCGUGACUGAAUGGACUCGCGAUUGUAGAUAACAGUUAAUCGUGAAAAGAUAACGCAAUUAUCUCGCGUAUCGCGCGAUGUGUCUUAUUUGGUGCAUGUUAGAAGACAAGCUGAAACGGUUUUUUAUUUCAUUAUGACGCCAUGCGUCUAACAGCGCGCUGAUGUUGUUAGAUGGAUCGAAUUGCGCCGCGAUGACUAUUAGAAUCUCUAUGCGUUCAUAUAAUGUCUUGGAAAUUUACUGAAACCAUUGUGAAUAAUCGUGGCCGACACGUGCAGCGCAGCCUUGGACACCUCGCACAUACCUGAUUCGUAUCGCUUCCAUUUUGCGGAACGCAAAAAGUGACCGUGUAAGCAAGCCAACUUGUGUGACGAAACACUAACGGUACCUCCGCGACACAAAAUGAUUAUUUUACAUUCAACAAGUGUGUCGGAGCGGAUCCGCUCCAACUGUUUACAUUCGCACACCCGCAAUCAGAAGCAUCGUAUUCGUUCAACUGCUCUUUGACACGCUCUCUGUGCGAAACGCAGAAUAUCCAUCUUGCCGAGAAGAAGCGAAAAAUAAUAAAAUUACACAAAGAUGCAGCUGGAUGAAAUAAAUCCAGAGCAAAAAAGUUAAAUAGAAAUUGUUUGAAAACGUUGCGACGCAAAUUAAUCCAAUGCGACGUAUUGUAUUGUAUAUUUAUGAAUAUUCUGCAUAAUGCGAGGCAAGAUAUGAGAAGCAUAUGUAUGAACUGUAUGCAAUCUAAACGACUGAUUAUCUUAAUCGAUUCUCUUGAUUGCGACUAAUCGGAGCAUGAGUAGAUCUGCCACCGAUCUCCGUUCCAUGGAAUAUACUAACGAGAGAACGAGUUUGAUCAUCAACCGACGAAAUGCAUCCUUCUCGUCACAAGGAUCUAACAGAACCUACGGGUCUCUUUCCUCGACGUGCCAACAAGCUAUUCAAUCCUUCUGGAACAAAAGCAAGCAGACAUUGCAUCGGACUGACUCGAUGGUAUCGCUUUGUUACCGAUCGCUUGCGAGCUACAUCACAGAUGAUAAUCUCGCCGGACUGCAGAGUUUUCUCGAAAACAAGCGAGUGCAGGUCGACGAUAGAGAUGAGAAUGGUAGCACCGCCCUCAUUCUCGCAGCAACUAAGGGAAAAAUACACUUCGUCCGAGAACUCAUCAAUCAUGGAGCGGACGUCAAUGCUGAAGACGCGGAUAACUGGACGGCGUUAUUGUGCGCGGCGAAGGAGGGCCACGCCGAGAUCUGUCUCGAGCUGUUGGAGCACGGCGCCGAUCUGGAGCACCGAGACAUGGGUGGCUGGACGGCGCUUAUGUGGGCGACGUACAAGGGCAGGUCGGCAACGGUGACGAUGCUGCUGUCGCGCGGGGCUGACGUCAACGCGCAUGGAAAUUUUCACAUUUCCUCAUUAUUAUGGGCCGCUGGCAGGGGUUAUACUGAUAUAGUGAAAGAUCUCAUUGCUCACGGGGCGAAGGUCAAUGUCGGCGACAAGUACGGCACUACGGCGCUUGUGUGGGCAUCGCGCAAGGGAAACGUAGAAAUUGUUGAUAUCCUUCUGAAGGCCGGAGCCAACGUUGACACGGCAGGCAUGUACUCGUGGACCGCUCUGCUUGUGGCAACACUCGGCAAUCACGUAGAAGUGGUGCUAUUACUAUUAGAACACAAGCCCAACGUGAACGCUCUAGACAAGGACGGUUGCACUGCCCUAGCGAUAGCCUGCCGAGAAGGUCAUCACGAAAUAGCGAGCGCCCUUUUAAAUGCCGGUGCUUACGUUAACAUUCAGGAUCGCGCCGGCGACACGAACCUGAUCCACGCCGUUAAAGGCGGCCAUCGGGGCGUGGUAGAAUCAUUACUAAAGAAAUACGCUGACGUCGAUAUUGCCGGCAAGGAUAAAAAAACCGCAACUUACAUAGCAGUAGAGAAAGGCAAUAUACCGAUACUCAAAUUAUUACUAAACGCUAACCCAGACCUGGAGAUUGCCACGAAAGACGGCGACACGCCUUUAUUACGGGCGGUGAGGUCGCGUAACGCCGAAAUCGUGCAAUUGCUUUUAGACAAGAAAGCCAAGGUCUCGGCUAUGGACAAGAAGGGCGACACUGUACUGCACGUAGCGAUGCGCGCGCGAUCGAAAGCGAUCGUCGAGAUCCUACUGCGGAAUCCAAAGAAUAGCCAGUUAUUGUACCGUCCGAACAGACAAGGCGAGACCCCGUACAACAUCGACGUGAAUCACCCCAAGACGAUUCUUGGACAGAUAUUCGGCGCUCGGCGUUUAAAUACUAAUGAGGACAAUGAGAACAUGCUUGGUUACGAUUUGUAUAGCAGUGCGCUGGCGGAUAUCCUCAGUGAACCCUCGCUUUCCACUCCAAUUACUGUCGGCCUUUACGCAAAGUGGGGUUCCGGGAAAUCAUUCCUACUGAACAAACUGAGAGAGGAAAUGAAGAACUUUGCACGACAAUGGAUCGAUCCAGUAUUUCAAUUCUCUUCCUUGCUCUUUCUAGUAGUAGCACACAUAUCCUUAUUGGUGGGCAUCACAAUAGGUCUCUUAUUACAGUCGUGGAUCAUCGGUCUCUCGUGUGGGAUAAGUCUAUUAGUUAUUGUUUACAUUUUUCUGAUACUCGUUUGGUACGCCAACAAGAGGUACGAUUGGUACUGGUCGUACAAUCUAACAAUGGCGCUCACCACCAAGCUAAACGCGUUGAAAUUACUGCUGCAAGUGAUCUUCUGCCACCCACCGGGCGGUCAGUGUCACGACGGCAUAGCGGUGCAGCCGAUCAAGUUUUACUUCACCGAUCAAACUCGCGUGGGCACGACGGCUGCUGGCGAGAACGCGGUUGUACAGAUGGUCGGCUCGCUGUACGACUCCGUUGAGAAUGACUUCGGUUCCUUGUCCACCAGACUGUACAGAGCAUUUAGACCGAAACCGGAUAAGUCGACUACAACGUGGAAGUGGAGGCGCCUGUGCUGCUUGCCGUAUAUAGUCAUCUUCGAGUUCUGCUUCUGCAGCUUGCUCGUCGGUGUCUCUGUACUCACUGUGUACCUCAUAGAUAUUUCGAGCGAUAAACCCACGAUAGAACGAGUCACCGCUCACAUUAUUAUGAUAACAAUUGCCUUGAUCUUGGCCAUCGGUAUAAUAGCGAAUCUAUACACGUGGAGCAGAACGCUGCAGGCGUUAGUUUUUUCGCAGAGGAGACACCUUCAGCGCAGUAUCUCGAAAUUGGAGACCCUAAAGAGCGAAGGAUUUAUUCAGACUCUGCGAAGUGAAGUCAGUCUGAUGACGGAGAUGGUCAAGUGUUUAGAUAGUUUCAUGGCUCAACAAAGUAGACUAGUCAUAAUAGUGGACGGUUUGGACAGUUGCGAGCAGGACAAAGUUCUGCUGGUUUUGGACGCCAUACAGGCCUUAUUUAGCGAUAACGGGUAUCCCUUUGUCGUAAUACUAGCGAUUGACCCACACAUUAUAGCUAAGGCGGUAGAAGUAAAUAGCAGACGACUAUUCUCGGAAUCCAAUAUCGGCGGUCACGAUUACUUGCGUAACAUGGUGCAUCUGCCGUUCUACUUGCAAAACAGCGGCUUACGUAAAGUCAAGGUCGCGCAACAGACUGCUCAAUACUACAAGAAGACGGCGUGGACGGAGGCCGAAGAGAGCGUCACUUACACCGCGACCAGCACCAUGCAUCACUCGGUAUCCAACAGGAGACUCAGCACGGAAUCGGCCAUAAUGAACAGCAACGAGAAGCUGAAACCUCAAACCAGAAAGGGCAGCAGAAAGCUGCGAUUGAGCGAGUCGAUCGCCAGCAGUAUCGGCAGCAACUUGAAUCGGCUGGGCGGCGCGCAAGAUCUCAAUAAGAUGCUGCUCACCGACGAUUACUUCAGCGACGUGAAUCCCCGCAGUAUGAGAAGAUUGAUGAACGUCGUUUACGUCACUGGACGAUUACUCAAAGCAUUCCAAGUUGACUUCAACUGGUAUCAUCUGGCUAGUUGGAUCAAUAUUACCGAGCAAUGGCCUUUUAGGACAUCCUGGCUCAUUCUUCACUACGAUAUGUAUGAAGAAAGUCUAGACGACAAUAUGUCGCUGAAGAGCCUUUACGAUAAAGUGCGACCACAAAUUCCGGUGUUGAAAGAAGUGCAACCGCUUCUCGAAAUGGAUCGGGAUGAGCGCAAGUUGGAUGUCUUUCUCACUUUUCACCGGUCCAGUUUGCACGUCAGCGACAUGAAGAUAUUCUUGCCGUUCACCAUCAAUCUGGAUCCGUACAUCAAGAAGAAGAUAAAGGAGGAGCAGCAAAGCGUAGAGGAAGACGCGAGUCUGCUCUACAAACAAAACAAUGUCUGGCACGGUGCUCCGAUCGAUCAAUGGCACCCGCAAAGAGCCGUUAACCGACACAUGAAACUUACUAAGCAACCGAGUUUGGGAUCCGUGCCGCCAACGCCGUCGUGGGGUUACCAGCCGAGCUUCGAAUGGCAGGUUCCGCCAGCUUGGAUGCAUAUGCCUCCUAUGGAACCGGCGCCGAAACCGCUCUCCGCAACAACCGCAUUACCGUCCGAAAUUCUGGAAACAAAACUCUCAUCUCUACCGGUGAGCGGCAUCUGCGAUUUGAUCGACAAGAUCGAAAGUCUGAAUCCGGCCCAGGCACCGGUGUACAAGCAAGUCAUCAAAGACAACAACAUUAACGGGCGAGUUUUGUUGCAUUGCGAUCUGCAAGAACUGAAAAAAGUAUUUAAGAUGGCCUUUGGGGAUUGGGAAUUAUUCCGUAUGGUAAUUGCAUCGCUUCGAGAAAUGGAACUUUCAUCUUUUACGUAUGAGGAGGGUCCCCGAAGCGUCCGGUUCACCGUAGGAGCUGAGCAACUUUUGCGUAAAGAUCACCCUUUACAAAAUAAUUCAAUACGCGUGCCUACUCACGUGGAGAAAGAGAAAGGAACAUCAAGACCGGACGGAUCCACUCGCCGUGACCAAAACAAGCAAUCAAUCAUGGAAAAACAGUUCCAGGUAACGUUAGAGGAGCAAAUGAUUUGCGGGGCGUUGCAGACCUUGAACGAAGAAGCUUGCGAGGAUGUGUUAGACGUGCCGUCGCCCGCGGUGGCACCGGCAACAGACUCACUUUCUUCAGGACCCGUUGCCUCCUCGAUUCAAGACACGGAGUACGUGCUGCUUCAAGCGAGCCCGCUGUUCCAUUGGAUGCCGAUUAACGAUGAGCCGGGGGGCAGCUCGGACGAAAGCUCGCACGACUCCACCGUGUUUCUUCAACGUACGAAUUCUCAACGUAGCAUCACGUCUCAACGUAGCACGAAAUCCGCCUGCUCGCACAAGCCUCUGAAGAGAACCGGCAGCAAUACCAGCACCAGGCCGUCCUCAUUGUUCGUCUCUCCACCGCCGUCGCCGAAACCCGCGUCUAGGUCCAAAUCGACCGACGACAGAUACAUGGGAAACAACAUACCUCUGAAGACUACGCCGUUGGCGUCAUCGGCGUCCAAGAAGAGGCGUUCGAUCUCAACGCUGAGCGAUGAGGUGGUCAUACCGGUUCCGGUGCCCACCUCCAGCCUGGAGAAGCUGUCAAAGCUGAAGGACCGCCUGAUCGGCACGACGCCGAUGGGAUCCGCGGCACCCGGCGGCGAGAGCGACGACGAGUCCACGCCGCUGGUGUCCGAGCUGUCCACACCGACGCAUUCCCAGUCGGACAGCGUGUUCAGACACGACUGUAGCGCGGAGACCAGUAGCUCGCCGUCGUCCAACAGGAGUCUGCCUCGAGACGGGGAACGCAGCGUAGAUUUAGAUUAUUCCGACACCGUGAGCCUCGUAGUACGGGAGUCCUCGUACAUCAAACCGCCGUCCCGGCAAGACGGCGUGGAUUGGGACAAUCCCGAAACACCUGUCUGACACUUGCCACCUUCUAUGCACGAUUGUCAGGCAGGUUUUAACGCGCAAUAACUCAGUAUACAAUACGUUCGACUGACACUGAUGUACAAAACCCAAAGGUGAGACAACCGACAUCUGCUAUGAAGGCCUAUAGACAACAUAUGUUUUAUGAUAAGUCGAAAGAUAUCAAUUUUCGUGUAAAUAGCAGAUAGGCGAACGUGCAGUUUUUUUUUUUUUUUCUUCAUUAAGAUAACAAGCGUUAAACGUGUUCAUCUGCUCAGUGAAUUGACGGAGAACAAAUGCCUUGUCGCGCAAAUCGUGCAAUAAUCUUUAAUUAGCGAGACGAGACGUCUUGAGACAUAAUGACGUCGAAGUGACAUUCCAUGUAAAUAUUAACGCAUUUACGAAUGCAAAUGUUUGUCAAUAUUUUUCUUUUUACUACCGAACCAGUACCGAAAUGUGCUAAAACGGGAGGAAUCUCUCUCAAGACGUAUAGUUUAUAUAUCGCAGUAUCCUGAACUCAAUAAUCCAAUUUACGUCAAUUCAUAAUGUCAGUGCAAAUAGACGAUUUGAAAAAAAUUAUUUAGAGACAAAUACUGAAGAGAGUAUUUUGAAGAAAAGAUAAUCUGUAUGACCAGUUGUGUGAGAGAAUACGCGAUUGUUGAUUAAACUAUAUAUUUAGUAUAAUCGAUAGAAUUCUAAAUCUAUUGAAUAAAUAUGUGUAGAAUGUCUCAAAACAAUUUAUAAACGGCAGUUUACUUAUAUCACUUUUUAUCUUAUUAAGACUUUUGUUAAACGCUAUCAUUACACAGUACGGGCAUUUAUGCGUUUUAGCAAAUUUAUAGUUCAAUUUAUUUAUUUACUAAAUUAAACUUUAUAACGUAAAGAAAUGCUCCCUAUUAGUGUUUUCAAAAAUCAAAAUAUAAUUACUAAUUAUUUUUUUAUGUGUGAAAAAAUUUUCGAAUAAAUUUAUUAUUAAAACGUAAGAUUUAUUUACUAAAUCUUGUGAUUUAUAAAAAUACUCCUUGGUAAUCUUCAGAUAUGUGUGAUAUUUUUUCUUUAGCGAGGAUUUUAUGAUAUAUGAAUCGCGGGAUAAAUACAAUAAGCGUUAAUUAAUAAUAUGUUUCUUUUAUUAAAAAGCAAAAAUCAUAAUUACAUAACAUUGAGUGUAUAGGACACUUUAGGACGGAAUAUAUCAGGGUAUCGAUUCAUUACAAUAUUGUAAAUAUAUAUUUAUAUAUAAAUGUAGAUAUAUUAGCUUUGAAAUUAUAGUAUAUAUAGAUAUGUCGCUCAUUUUUUCUUGACAUUAAAUACAAUAAAAAUAUUCAAUCAAAUAUGUUGCAAUAAUGCUGAAUGCUAUUACAUUAUUAAAUACAAUAUAUGUAGAUUUACGGAAACCCAACAUAAAAUUGCAACAUAAAAUUGAACAGUUAAAAGAGGACAUCUGCUUCCUCUCUACUUUAUUACGAACAUUCGCUAAUUAAGUACAUUGAUGGUCCCGCUUGUAAUUAAAUGCAUCGCUUGCAUUAAGUACUAAUGUAAAAAUGUCAUAUCACUUUGAAGCGGCAGCUAUGUCGUUGUUACGCAGGACAAUGGAAUGCCACAAUCAUAUGUGAACCGAAACUGGGACAUCCUGUAUAUAUAACUAAGAACGACAUAACAUAGUGAUAUAUCUAUUUUCUCAAUCAGAGAAAUUAAGUAUCAAAAUUAUGGCAUGUAGAACAAUAUAUGAGGAACAAAUUAUAAAAAAGGUAUCUCAGGAGAAUUAUAUACUCUGUUAUAUACAAUAAUUUCGCUUUUGCAGGCAUGGAAUAUUAAAUACGAAAUAUCGUUAUAGCUGCAUUAUUCCAGCACAAAUUGUGCUUUAUCUAAGACUGGCGGUGACACAUAUUAAUCAUUUUAUUGUCAUUAUUAUAAUAAAUAAAUACAUCGUCAACAAAUUUUGAACGGGAAUAGAUUUAGAUACAUUAUUAAACCGAUCGAUCAUAGAUCGAACCUAUAAUUCCGCGCCGAUUAAAGUGUUCCCAAAACUUUUGGUCAGAUCUACUUACAAUUAUUAUAUAAUUUAUAAGAUAUAAUUUAUAUCUUAUAUAAUUUAUAAGAUAUUGUAACGGUAAUGUAAUACUUAUAGUUUUAAUCAGUCACAGGAAAUAAGAUUUCAUACUUUUUCCUUAAUAUUCGUAUUGCAUAUUCGUCUCUGUUAAAUUCGAAGGCACAAUAGCUAGUAGUUUAAAAAUGCUACAUUAUAAAUGCAUAGAUUUAAUAUUCAGGGAUGUCUUGCGCGCGUAAAUGUAUAUAUAUAUAUAUAUAUAUAUAAAUCGUCGAAAUAGAUUAACAUUCUUUCGCCACGUUGUUUUAAUGUCAACGGCGCUGCGCGAUCUAUGUUUAGAUACCUUUGUUUUAGCUGCAUCCUAUUGUUUUCUGCACUUGAAGCGAAACGUAUGCACGCCCACGCGUUGCAGGCGGAGGGGAGAGAGAACGCAAAAUUGCAGAAAAGCGUAGAAAAUGUGAUUGAAACGAUUAGACUUCUCGUAUGUACUUAUAACAUAUAUUGGCAGGCUGUAAGGGCACUUGUUUCAUUAACACGUAACUUUAAGAUAAAUGCAUCGUACAAUUAAGAGAAACUUUUACGGUGCUGUAACAAAAAAAAAUUGCCUCGUGAAACUAAUCGGCGUAUAAACGAUCAUCGCUAUCUGACACAAAUAUUCGUAGCAAUGAGUGUAAGCGACGCCUUCCCAAUCGUAGUCUGCUUUUAUACUUAAGUAAUUUAGGACCCUUUUAUAAGAAGUAUUUUUUUAACAAAUACUUUCACGUGUCCGAUCUUAAUUGGCAUGUACUGAAAUCAUGCGCUCUGUAAGCGUCUCGAGUAAAAAAAGAUGUAGGCAAUCCGAGGAAGACCAGAGUUAUAAAUAUAUACGUUGGUGCUAUUUUCCCGCGUAUUGUAAAUCGACACAUUAUUCCCUUUGUAUUCAAUAAAUAUUUUAUAACUGUGUGGUAA